GAUUAGUUCUCUACUUCUGUUAAAAAUUCUGUCUUUUAUUGGCUUUUGUAAGAAGAAGAGAGAUGGGCAGUGCAAAGCCGUGGAAUAGUGUGAAUAUGAUGGUGGUCAUGUUUUUGUUGAUGUGGGUUUCAUGGGUAGUAUCAGGAGCAGCAGCUGACUGCAACACAGCUUCCAAAUAUCUGACUCCCUGCUCUAACUUUCUGACAAAAGGAAGUCCCUUACCAAGGAUAAAUGAUCCAUGCUGCCAAGGCGUGCGCAGAGUGUAUAAGCAGGGGGCCACUCAACAGGAGAGGCAGCAGAUUUGCCAGUGUCUGAAGAACUCCGCUACCAAUCUCAAACUGAAUGACAAAGCUGUGGCCAGCCUUGCUCCUCUCUGUGGGAUUCGACUUACCUAUGUUGUCACUAAAAAGAUUAAUUGCACCACGAUUCCUUGAAAUGAAAUACAGCUAUUUCCUGCUUUCGGCUUUCCUAAGAUAAGAUAUAUAUUAUCAGCACUCAGCUUUCGCUUACGUAUUAGUACCGUUUAAAGGGUUGUGAUGUAUAAUGGAGGUGUUACUUUAAACUCUGUGUCUCUAGUACCCUUUUACCUAAAUAAAACUAGAGCUAUAUUAUAAUAAGAUUGUAAUGGAUUUAUAUCCGGCCAUUUCAAAGAUCUACUGUCCUCUUUAGUAUUAUUUUCCAGUUAUUAAUAAAAAAA